CCCCCACUUCGUCUCUCCUUUCCCUUUCUAAAAGACACCAAAAAAACUGCUUCAUUUUCUUCAACACUUCCUCUCUUCGAUCUCUGCUCAAUUCCCUCCAACUCAUCUCUUGCUUUUCUUGGUUUAAUGUGGAUUGAGAUGAGCUGGUGAUUUAGAAUUAGAGGCUUUGAGGUGUGAUUGUUUGAAUACAAUGCGAUUGUUCUCAUCAAGCUCAAGCUUCAGUCUGACAAAAGAGCAGAGUAGCGGUCGGAGCAAUCGUGUAGCGUUGUUUCUCAAUGUGUAUGACCUUACACCAGUAAAUAACUACCUUUACUGGUUUGGGCUUGGGAUAUUCCAUUCUGGUAUUGAAGCUCAUGGAUUGGAAUACGGCUUUGGCGCCCAUGAGUACCCUACCAGUGGAGUUUUUGAGGUGGAACCAAGAAGUUGUCCUGGCUUCAUUUUCAGGCGGUCAGUGUUGUUGGGCAGCACAAACAUGUCUCGUUCGGAAUUUCGAUCCUUCAUGGAACAAAUUUCUGGGAAAUAUCAUGGGGACACCUACCAUUUGAUUGCCAAGAACUGCAACCAUUUUACUGAGGAAGUCUGUUUGCAGCUAACUGGAAAGCCUAUUCCAGGAUGGGUAAAUCGCCUGGCUCGAUUAGGUUCUUUCUGUAAUUGUCUGCUGCCAGAGAGCAUUCAGAUAACUGCAGUUAGACAUCUUCCCGAUCAUCCAUCCUAUUCUGAUGAUGAUGGACCAGAGUCUGUUGUGUCAUCUUUAACGGCUGGGAGCGAAGAUGAGGAGGCAGAUCAUCAUCUGCUGACUUCACCAAAUAGUGAUGUUGCUUUUCUAAAAGAUAAACCAGUGAGGCUAGCAAAGGAACUACUUUGAUUUUUUUCCUUCCAACGAUUCCUAUUUUUUUUUUUUUGACUACCGUGGGUCUUUAACUGUUGUUUGUAAUUGUAGUAUAAAAUGUAGUGUAUCAAGGAAUCCACCGUCUCAGUUUAAUUUGAGCUCUUCGAUAUCUCUUUUCUAUUGCCUACAUUUGUUCUAACUCAUGAUUAUGUUCAGGAUUCAGCUUGUUACAACCAUAAUAUUCAAUUUGUUAAUGUGUAACCCUUGUAAUUCUAGCGACGUUGAUAAAUUCAUAUUAAACCGGUGUAUCAGUUUAUGAA